UCUAUAGUUUGUGAUUGUCACACGAUUCUAUUUUGGGUUUUAUUCGUUUGAAAUAUGUAUUUUGAAUAAAGCAUAAUUUAAUAACUGUGUUGUUAAUUCUACGAAUAUAAAAUGCAAGAAAAUGAGGUAUGUCGGGCUUGUCUCACAGUUCAAGGCAAUUUCUUUAACAUAAACAAAUUCGAAACAGCAAGAUCAUAUGAAAGUCUCACAGGAUGUCUGCUGUCUCCGGCAGACGGGUUCCCCCAGCAGCUUUGUUCUUUCUGCCUUCGCUCGCUUCAACGGUUCUCUGAGUUCCGAGCGCGGUGUCUUAAAGUCAUGGAAGUGUUGCAGCAGGCUCGGAUUGAGGGGAAUGCGGUAACACCUCAACUACAGAACAUUUCAACAUACGCAGACUUGAAGCCAAGGUACGUGCGAUCAGAAACCGUCAUAAUAGAGGUCUCUGUUCCACAACCAGAAAUCAUUCUGAUGAACGACACGCCAGAUGUAAACAUGGACUGCAAAAUUGAAGAGACAGAGAGUAAUAACGAGGUGUCUCCUCUAUCGGAGAAUGAUGAUAAUGUUGAUGGCAAACCUAAGGAAAAACUCAUUGAUUUUAGUGAAGUAUUGAAUGGUAACAAUACGAAAGUUAAAAAUAUUAAAAUGGAGAAAAAGCGCGGCCGGAAACCGCGAGCGAAGAGGAUAAAUACAGUUGAAUCUCUGAACUCCAAUAACAUUAUCAUAGAGUACGCGAAAUCGGCCGGCUUCGACAUCACGUUUCUGUCGCUCGCGGAUCAGAUCAAAGAAGUGGAGGCUAAACGUAAGGACAGAGUUGGGAACGGACAGAAUUGCCCUCAGUGCGGGAAACGAUUUCUGAACGCAUCGUGUUUAGAACGACACGUCAAGCAGUACCACGUUUGGAAACCGGGGUAUUAUAUAUGUGAUCUGUGUUCUUGUGUGUUCCCUAAAAAGAAAUUGUUAAAGACGCAUAUAGAGUGCCACGGUUGGGUGUUCACGUGUAAAUCUUGUGGUUUCAAGACGAACAAUCAGAAGGUUUUAAUGGGACACUGUGGUUUUCACAAGGGGCGGAAGUACACUUGCAAAUAUUGUUCGAAAGUGUUCGGGCGGAGUACGUCGCAUUUAUCUCACGUGAGACUGGUGCACGCGACUGAGUUGCCGUGGUGUCAGUAUUGCGGGGAGUUCUUCGUUGGAGAACGGGGCAUUAAGAAACACAUGCGUAUGAGUCACAACGUGGCCGAAGAGUUUCCGAGCCAGUGCGUCUGUGAGAAGAGGUUUAAAGAUGACGUCGCUUUGGAGAGGCAUAAACUUGUUCAAGGCUGCGGCCACCCCGGCUGCGCGCAGUGCGGCGACCGGUUCCCGGCGCUGGCGCUGCUGCGGCACCACCUGGCGCAGGGCCACGUGCCGGCCGCGCGGGCGUGCGGCGCGUGCGCGGCGCGCUUCCAGUCGCGGCGCGCGCUGGCGCGGCACGCGUGCGGCGCGCCCUUCGCGUGCGCGCGCUGCGGCGAGCGCCGCGACUCGGCGCGCGCGCUCACCGACCACGUGUACCGGGAACAUCAUAUCUUCAGUUGCGCGCUGUGUGACAAGCGGUUCACCAGCGUCAGUUACCUGCGGCUGCAUCAGCAGGGGCACGCGAGCGCGCGCUCCUCUCCCAGCGGGAAGAGUAACGGGUUCGAAAACACCAAAAUAUCUGAAUCAGACGAAAAAACGGCCAACUGCGUGAAGAAGCCCGUGAUUUUCAAGUGGCGGGCCGCGGGCGAAGGCGCGGACGCGAUAGAGAAACUACAAGAACGUGUGACCGAGUGGAAGAAAAUGGCGCUUAUAUGCGAGGUCUGCGGGAAAGGAUUUCCGAACAGCACAAGGUUGGCGCUGCACCAGCGGCAACACACCGGCGAGAACCGGUUCUCGUGCUCCUUCUGUGACAAGGGCUUCAAGCAGAAGACCUCCUUGCAGAAUCACGAACGCGUCCACACCGGCGAGCGGCCGCACGGCUGCACGUUCUGCCCCAAGACGUUCCGCACUUACCCCGCUCUUAAACGACAUUUGUUGAUCCACUCCGGCGAACGCAAGCACGUGUGCGCGAUGUGCGACAAGACUUUCCAGACGUCCACCUGCGUGAAGAUGCACAUCAAGACUGUUCAUCUCCACAUGCCGUGGCCCGCCAGGAACAGAAAGAGACGGGCCAAGAAUAGCGGGGACGCACCAGCGGGAUACAUAGACAGGGGGUAAAAUAGCGGGGACGCACCAGCGGGAUACAUAGAGAGGGGGUAAAAUAGCGGGGACGCACCAGCGGGAUACAUAGAGAGGGGGUAAAAUAGCGGGGACGCACCAGCGGGAUACAUAGAGAGGGGGUAAAAUAGCGGGGACGCA